CGCCGUCCCCGACCCGCGCGCCUCCUCGGCGACCCCGCCGCGAUCUAGGUUUCCAAGGAAAAUGGCAAGAACUGCAAGGGCAAGGAGGCAUGUGGCUCGCCGUCUCAGGGCCACGCCAUACCCCAUUCCCUCGUACCGCUGGAAGGCAAUGAAAGAAGCCAACCGGAAGAAAGCGCUGCCAGCUGUGCAGAAGAUGGACUGGGAAGAUGCCAACUGCUCUGUCUGCAUGGAAUACCCACACAAUGCUGUGCUUCUCCUUUGUUCAUCACAUGACAAGGGCUGUCGCCCUUACAUGUGUGGAACUAGCUAUCGGCACUCGAACUGCCUGGAUCAGUUCAAGAAGGCCUACACCAAGGGGGCACUGCUUGAGGAACUUCCUGCAAGCACUGUUGGCAGUAACUUGGACUUUGUACCAUUGGCUGCAGGCGAGAAGACCGGGUCCAUGGACCUUGCAUGUCCAUUAUGCCGUGGCAAGGUAAAGGGUUGGACUGUGGUAGAACCAGCUCGAGGUUAUCUGAAUGGAAAAAGGAGAACAUGCAUGCAGGACGGGUGCUCGUUUGUUGGGACAUACAAGGAGCUCCGCAAGCAUGUGAAGUCGGAGCACCCUCUUGUACAGCCAAGGGAAGUAGACCCUGCUGUUGAACAGAAGUGGAGAUCACUCGAGUUUGAAAGAGAGAGGGAAGACGCACUCAGCACGGUUACUUCACAAAUGGGGAGGGCUGUGGUCUGGGGUGAUUAUGUGUUAGACUUGGAGGAUGGAGUGGACUUGGAUGAUGAAGAGAGUGAUGAUGAUGACCAUGGCAAUGGCCGAGAAGCGGACAAUGCUCGAAGGUUGAUUAUAUUUAUGAUGCGUCAAGUCGCCCAGCGUCAUCGUACCCAGAGGCUCCAGAGUCCAAGCGGUGUGCCUGCAAAUGCUGAGGAAGAUUAUGCAGUUAGCGGUGGUGCCAAUGGAACCACCCCUUACCCUUACCCCUCGGAGGGUGAUGAUGAGGAUGAUUUGGAUCUGGCGGAAGGGAGAGGCGCGGGCAUGCUGAGACCAGAUAGGCGUCGCCGGCGACGCCGUAGGAACCGUGGAAGGCUGUUCUUAGACUCUAAUUAAGAUGGCAGGGGCCUAGCCACCAGAGGAGCACAUGCACAGCUGAUUCCCUGGUGGUGCCUUAGCAGCAUUCAUCGAUUUCAACCUAAAUUUACUUGUUCAUGAUCAUGUACCAAAGUAGUUGUCUUAACCUCAGCCCAUUGCUUUCCAUCAAUGUAUCAUCUCACAUUCUUUGUUGAAAAGGAAAAUGCCGCAUCCAUCUUGUGCGGCUUGUGUA